AUGGGGCCCGAGGAAUCCAAUGAGGAACGCGAGGUGCCAGGCGCGCUGAUCCGACGCGCUGUGGCACGAUGUCGUGACCCCAUCUCACGCUGUCACAGAUCCGAUGCGAUAAACGCACCCCAUGUUCCAACUGUCGCAGCUCCAGCAUUGCAUGCCGAUCUACCGGGGAAGGUCAGAAACCGUCAGAGCCCCGGCGACGGUGAGAAAAAGAUCGAUUUGAUCGAGGAACGCCUGGCAAGCAUUGAAAGUACUCUUAAACAGCUAGCAGGGAAUCCAUCUCGACCACAGGGCUUCACAGUCCCAAACCCACGCGAGUCUCAGUUCGCUCCUUCGCCUCAGAAAUCAACCCCCUCGCAGCCGUCAUUCACUCCCCAGAACCAUGAAAAGCACAAGGGGUCUUUAUAUCUGGCGAAUCCUACCCUGGAUCAGCAUGAUUCUAGCUCUGGCUUUGAGGGCAGCUCAUCCUUGACUGCCCAUGGGGCCUACGCGAGUGCGUUCCUUGAAUCUGCUGUGUCCAAAAGCUCACCGCAGGUCUUAUCCAGUCCGAAGAUCAAUGCAGCUCUCUCAUCGCUGAAGCAGCUUGUCGGGAUCCAGAACCAACGGCGAGAAGCGGACAUGCAGGGGAUUCGACCCACCAAGAAUGCGAGAUUACGCGUUAAAUACGACAUUCGUGAUCUAGAGAUGCCACCUCUACCAUUGGUUCUAGACAUGCUGAGAAAGAUUCAAGAAUCACCACCGGCCUGCUUUUGUGGCUAUGCCCCUUUCCUCAGUGUGAAAUAUUUUACCGAAAAAUGCCGUGAAGUUUACUUCUGCAUAGACGAUUACACCGAUGCGGCGUUUAUCAUAACCAACUUUUGUCUCUACGGCAUUUUUUACGAAUAUGGUGGCAUGGAAAAUGGUCCUUCUAUACGGGCACAGCACCAGAACUACAUUGAGAUGUGUCGCGGCAACCUGGAGACAGCGCUUGCCAAUUUGAAUAUCAUGAUGCCUGCAACCCAUGAAUCGAUUAUGGCGUUAGCUGUAGGGGCUAUGCAUGCACUCGAAAUUUCCAAACCAUCGGUUGGCUGGACGCUAGCAUCAAUAGCCAUGAAUCUGUGCCAGACACUCGGAUAUCAUCGCUUAAUCUCAAUGGAACACGACCCCGUACCAGUCCAACAACAAAAGCAGCUUCUAUUCUGGUCUGUCUACACAAUGUUGAACAUGCUGUCCCUGCGUCUAGGACGUGCUUCGCCCAUCCAAAACUACGAUAUCAGUCUACCAAUACCCGAUGAGAACUCAGAUGUCGUCUACCCAUGGGGACACGUCUGCAUGUUGUGGACUAAAUGUGCAAUUAUACAAAGUGAAAUUUACCAAUAUUUGUAUAGCCCAGAAGCGUUGCAGAAGCCAGAAAGUGAACGAGUCACACAUGCACGCAGAUUAGGUGCUGAGAUGCAGUCCAAGGUUAUGGUACCGUUUGAGGAAUUCAUCUCGUCUGGUACCAAAAUAUCCGAGAUCGACCACAUGUACCUCGCAACUGACAAGGUCAGCCGGCUGGCCAUCAUGACCUUAAUUUACCGAGCAAUUCCAGCGUCAACAGACUCCGGCACUGGCGCUACUUUCAUACCCGAAUGCAUCGAGACAGCUCGAGAAGCAUUGGAAGUCCACCGACAAUGUGUUGCAGCGCUCAACGAGACCGACGAUUUCAUGAAAAUAUCCUAUAUGCACUGGGGCAUCCUCCUAUCCCCCUUCGUCCCCUUCAUCGUACUAUUCUGCAACAUAAUAACAACCUCCAACGCCGACGACCUCUCUCUACUCGAAGAGUUUAUCGCCUCCCUCCAACCCCUGUGCGCUUUCUCCCAAUCCAUCGACCGACUGCACACCCUGUGCUCAGUGCUUGGCACUGUCGCACGCCUUUACUUCGAAGCCAACACCCGGACGCAAGAAGCCGCAGAUCAAGACCAAAGUCUCGCUGAGGUCGGUCAUGAAUUCGAUGUUUAUCUCAGUGCACUCGGAUUGGCACCUCCAACCUCUAUGAACCCCCGAACAGCGGUGGUUACCCGUCCGGCGGAAUUGUCACAGCAACAAGUGGGUGGGUUCUCGGCGCCGGUCGAACCAUCUCAGACGCAGGGACAGGGCUCGGGGACUGCUGCACAAUUGGGAAAUUGGUUUUGGGGAAACCAGUAUAUGAUGGGGCUUUUGGAGGAGGAUUUGUCGCAGGUCAAUCCGGGGUGGUCGUGA